GGCAAUCCCACCUUCAGGGGACAUCUAACCGAGCUUAUUAGGCUCUAAGCCACCUCCGGCCUAGCUUUAUCGUCAGAUUGGAAAUAAUUGAGGGGAACAACAAAACUGAAUAACAGCAUCUCUUCGGCAUUUAUCCUGUCAAAAACACGAUCUAUCAGACGAACGUAGGAGAUCAGAAAUUUCUCCAAGUUCGAGGACCCUUUGUAGCAAUUCCAAAGAGAGAAUUGCAUGGUGCGGACAGAAUUGAGGUUAUUACAGUCAGUAAGUUGAGCAGCAAAAAAUACCGGAAGGAUUCGACCCACGGAAAACAGUAAGCCACCGUGCCUUCCAAUAGGCCAUAAAUUUCUAUUCAUCGUACCACAUAAUCAAUCUCUGGCUUGAGAUCCAAACCCCGCAGUCAUCAUCGGCGUAUUUCCUGCCACGGUCAUUUUUUGUUUGAGCUGAAAGAUCACGAGUUAUCGUUUUGGAAACCAUCGUACUAUACUCCAGGUAUAUUUAAAUCGUCAUGUUGGCCGAAUAGUUUGUUCGUGGGAAUCAAAACUUGAGAAAUGCCUCCUCUAUCAUCAAUUGUUUUUGCAGUCCAGGGCGGUUUCAAUUUCCUGAAUGGAGCCGCCGCUCUUUUAUCUUCCACCGCCGCAAGAAAGAGUGCCGAAAUGUUACUCACGGACUCGAAACACGCCAUCCAUGUUUCAGCUCUAUCAUGUCUGUCAAUAGGUUCGCUCUACCUCGUCGCUGCUAAGAGAGGAGACAGGCUUGCUAUGUGGUUGUCAGUUGUUGGACGGACGAUUGCUGUUGGAAUUUUCUGGGUUGAUGCUGGACCGUGGAGGAAAGUCGCGAUUUUUGAGGGGCUGUGUGCAAGCGUGCUUGCUGGGAGUUUGCUUUGGGAGUCUCAGGGCGGGAGGGACAAGAAAAUCGACUGAAAGUAAAGAAGAGUUUCAAAUAUGUCAGAAGUAAAGCUACCACCGAGAACAAAUACUAUCGUUUUAUAACCACGAAUAUGACAGGCA